AUGUAUUUCACAAAGCUCUUAACUGUCGUGGCAGCUUGCCUCGUUCUCUACCAAGUCAUCUCACGGAUUUCAACAUGGCUGCAGAAGAAUUCCACAAACAGGCAGGAAUAUAACUUGAAAGAUGAAAUUAUCCUAGUUACUGGAGGAAGCGGUGGUAUAGGAAAACAAAUCGUCGAAGAUCUUCACAAGAGACAAGCUCGAGUUAUAAUCCUCGACGUCAAGAAGCCUGCAUUCGAACUUCCGCCUGGCAUGACCUUCCAUGAAGUCGACUUGAGAUCAUCAGAGUCCAUUAUGCAAGUAGCAACUCAAAUUCGGGAGUCUCAAGGGGACCCUGCUGUCAUCGUCAAUAACGCUGGCGUUUGUCAUAUCGCCCCUCUACUUGAGAAAUCAGAACAGGCCAUCCGCGACACCUUUGAGGUAAAUACUAUCUCACACUUUCUUAUCGCCAAGGCCUUCCUACCUUCUAUGAUUCAGAAGAAUCACGGCCACAUAAUCACUGUUGCGAGUGUUGCGAGCUUCGUGACAGUCGGUGGCAUGGUAGAUUAUUGUUGCACCAAGGCCAGUGCAGUGGCCUUUCAUGAAGGAAUCAGACAAGAGCUUAAAGCUUGGUAUAAAGCUUCUAAUGUGAAAACAAGUAUUAUUCAUCCUCUUUGGGUCGAUACACCGAUGAUCAAAAGCUUGACUGAUGACCAAACACAUUUCCGCCAACCUGUUAUGAGUCCGCAGGCCGUCUCAGAUGCUGUUGUUGAACAAAUCGUAUUGCGGAGGGGGGAUCAAAUCAUCUUGCCUCGAACUAUGGGAAUAGCUGGGUAUCUGAGGGCUUUCCCUCAUUGGUUGCAGGAGAUUGUACGGUCUUUUCACUCGGAAAUUGUAUGGAAAAUCGGGGAGGUAGCACCUAUUAAGAGCUAA